AUGUGGCGUGGUGUUGGUGUUGGUGGCGGUGGCGGUGGAGGAGGCUCGGGCCGCGCCACGCAUCCCCCUCCAGUUCGCGGCAGGUCGUCGAACCGUCCACACGUCGCCUCGAUGUCUCUACCCAACCAACACACUCCCGCCCACUCGGCCAGCCCGCAGGCCGCCCGCCACACACACUCCUCGCCCGACGCAAGGAGGCCCAACAACGCCGCUAACUGUUUACCUCUCAGCGAGGACGCCCGCCUCGUGCAUGACCGCCGUCGGCCGUGGGUCUCGCCCUCCUUGAAAGGAACCCGAGACGCCCUCGUCCGCCAGCGCCACAGGGCCGCCUCGCGACGUCCCCGCCACAGCGCCAGCGGCAGUCUCCUCCCACGAGGUCGUCGCCAGUGCCCGCCACUCUCUGCCACCCUCCCCCCGCCCCGCCACUCGCCUUGGACGCGCCAGACUACCCCCGUCGAGGCUCGCAGGAUACCCUCGAUGCGGCUCGAGGUCCGCCCAGGUGAGAGCUCCGAGCGCCGUGCCCUGGGAGACCCUGCCCCGGCCUAA